CCCCCACAAAUACAGCCCAGGGUUGUGCAGAAGAGGCCCUUGUCCCCAUCAACAUGGGGACAAGGUGCUUUACAAUCCCCCCCCCAUGUUGAGGGCAUGUGGCCUGGUAUGGUUCAGGAGGGGGGGGGGUCACUUGCUUAUCCCCCCUCUUUUCCUGACCUGCCGGGCUGCAUGCUCGGAUAAGGGUCUCAAAUGGAUUUUGGGGGGACCCUCAUGCCAUUUUUUUUUUAAAUUUUGGUGUGGGGGUUCCCCUCAAAAUCCAUACCAGACCCAAAGGGCUUGGUAUGGAUGGGUGGGAGGGGGGCCC